UAUGUGUUUUUUUCAAGUUCAACCAUAGGAAUCAUUAGAAUCUUGACUACUUUCCGUAGCAAAAUCCAUGGAGUUGAAUUCGGAAACGGGAACAGGUAACUUCGGAAGAUCAGUCAUAGUGCCCAGUGUUCAAGAGCUGGCCAAGCAUCCCAUCCUUAAGAUCCCACUCCGCUACCAACGUACGGAUCGGGACCCGCUGAUCGUACCAGUACCGGACGGAGAAUCUGAACCAUCGGUUCCGGUCGUUGAUAUUCACCGAUUGGUGCUCGGAGAUUCUGCUUCUGCUGCUGCGGAAUUGCAGAAGUUGCAUUCUGCAUGCUCAGAAUGGGGAUUCUUCCAGGUUGUAAACCAUGGAGUUCCCACUUCAUUGCUGGAGGAAUUCAGAAUAGAAGUAGAAAGUUUCUUUAAUCUUCCCUAUCAUGAAAAGAAGCUGCUUUGGCAAAACCCAGAGAAUCAAGAAGGAUUUGGGCAGCUCUUCGUGGUAUCAGAGGAGCAGAAGCUUGAUUGGUCAGACAUGUUCUUCAUGACCACUCUCCCUCUUAAUCUGAGGAAUCCUCAUAUAUUUCAAAAGCUUCCACCAAAACUCAGAGAGACACUGGAAGCUUAUUCAACCGAAGUUAAGAAGUUAGCAAUGCUUAUCUUGGGCCGUUUGGCUGUAGCUUUGAAGAUGGAUGGUGAAGAAAUGAGAGAGCUAUUUAGGGAUGGACAUCAGACAAUGAGGAUGAACUACUAUCCUCCAUGCCCCCAGCCCGAUAAAGCCAUCGGAUUCUCGCCUCAUUCCGACGCUGAUGCUUUGACAAUUCUAUAUCAACUCAAUGAAACCAAAGGAUUACAAGUUCGAAACAAUGGGAGAUGGAUCGCUGUUAAACCUCUUCCAAAUGCAUUUGUAGUCAACAUUGGAGAUAUCAUGGAGAUUGUAAGCAAUGGUGUAUACAAGAGCAUUGAGCAUAGAGUUUCAUCGAAUUGUUCCAAGGAAAGGCUUUCAGUUGCAACAUUCUAUAGUUCGAACCUAGACUCGGAGUUGGGUCCAGCAAACAGCCUCAUCGGACCGAAUAACCGAGCAAUUUUCCGAAGAGUCCCGUUGGAGAAGUACUUGAAAGAGUUCUUUGCUCGAAAACUAGAAGGAAAAUCAUACCUCGAGUAUAUGAGAAUGAAGAAUGUGGGCGACCAAGACCAUGUAUGUUAAAUAUUAUCUAUCGAAAGGAAAUGAAAGGAAAAUCAAGCGUUUCCUCCUACAGGUACAAGUGUGAGAAAUCAUAUAAUAUCCAUCUCAGGAAGUUAGAAACAGUGAAAUGAGGAAGCAAAUGCUGCAGCUUGAUCUUAACCAUUAAUUUUCUGAUCCCUACAAUGGUAGCAGAAUCGUACAAUAAGAAGGAAUUUCCCAUCUUAA